UGAUGCUCUACUGCCUCACGGCAGUUCUUUCUCUCCAUUUCCUUGCAGGUACGGCGGAGCUCAAUGGUGCUUCUCACGUGCGGCCCGAGACGGUGCGCUUUGACACUGGAGGUCUGAGCAGAGGGAGUUUUCCGAAGGGAUUUGUGUUUGGGACGGCGACAUCGGCUUAUCAAGUUGAGGGAAUGGCCAACGGCGACGGCCGUGGGCCCAGCAUCUGGGACGUCUUCGUUAAAAUUCCGGAUGAGGUGAGUUCUCCAAGAGGGUGGAAGAGAGGGAAGAAGAGGGGAGGAGAGGGAAAGAAGAAGAACAAGAAAGGAGGAGGAGGGAAAAGAAGGAAGAAGACAAUUUUGAUCUUGGAUUCCAGACCAUGAUUACCUACUAGGAAUUUCAAAGGAGC